AUGAGCUCCCAGAUUCGUCAGAAUUAUUCCACCGAGGUGGAGGCCGCCGUCAACCGCCUGGUCAACAUGCAUCUGCGGGCCUCCUACACCUGCCUCUCUCUGGGCUUCUAUUUCGACCGCGACGAUGUGGCUCUGGAGGGCGUGGGCCACUUUUUCCGCGAAUUGGCCAAAGAGAAGCACGAGAGCGCCGAACGUCUCUUGAAAAUGCAAAACCAACGCGGCGGCCGCGCCCUCUUCCAGGACGUGCAGAAGCCAUCUCGAGAUGAGUGCGGUAAAACUCAGGACGCUAUGGAAGCCGCCAGUAACAUGGAGAAGAACCUGAACCAGGCCCUUCUGGAUCUGCGUGCCCUGGGUUCUGCCUGGACAGACCCCCACCUCUGCGACUUCCUGGAGAGCCACUUCCUAGAUGAGGAGGUGAAACUCAUCAAGAAGAUGGGUGACCACCUGACCAACCUCCGCAGGCUGGCUGGUCCCCAGGCUGGGCUGGGCGAGUAUCUCUUUGAAAGGCUCACCCUCAAGCACGACUAGGAGCUUCCGGAGCCCAGUGGCCUUUGAGGAGCCCCUCUGGUGUCAGGGCUUCUGCUGAAGCCCCUCUCUGCAGCCACUAGGCAGCUUUUUAACCACCCUGGAGCCCUCUCCCAAGCCUUGGACCAAAUGGAAACAAUAAAGCUUUUU